CCAAUCAUAAUCGUUCUUCACUGCCAGAAGGAUAAGAUAUUUCUCGCUUAAACCUCUGGGUUUCCACGCUCUCCUUCAACUCUUUUGAACAAAAUCGCUGCAAAUCCUUGAUUCUUCUAUAUUCAAACCCUAUAUUCAAUGUUGCCAGGAUUUAGAUAAUCUUCAUACAGAAAACGCCAGUAUUUUCACCAUGAGUUUUCCGGCGAUUUUUCGCGGUAAUGUCGUUCCUCUAUUGCAGUGCAGCUCCUGCUCUCACCUCCGCUUCCAACCUCUGCUGUCUUGCUCGGCUAUUGCUCGCCAGAAACAAAUCGAUUUUCCGACCAAACACCUGCUUAGGUUCGCGUUCAAUAUGAAGCGAGAUGUAAUUUGCAGCUUUAGUGCGUCAGAAACCGAGCCUGAUAGGAAUGAAGACAAUGAAAGGAAGUUGCAUGAAGAAGAAAACAGCUCGGGCUCAGCUGACUCAGCUUCAGCAGAUACAUCGGAGCCAAACUCUUUGGCUGAUCAAGAUAAUGGGCAAAAUUUGGGGAUGCUUGAGUCUAAAGACUUGGUCAAUGGUAAUAGUGCAAACGCCAAUGCCCAAACUGGAAAUGAGGAUGCCGAUGACAUUCAAAUUGCAAGCGGAUCCCCUCUUCCAGGUCUCAAGCCACAGCAACUUGAUGAAGCUAUCAGGAUUCCAAAGGAAACUAUUGAUAUUUUGAAGGAUCAAGUAUUUGGUUUUGACACUUUUUUUGUGACAAGCCAGGAACCAUAUGAGGGUGGAGUUUUAUUUAAAGGGAAUCUACGAGGGCAGGCUGCAAGAAGUUAUGAAAAAAUAUCAAAGAGAAUGCAGGACAGAUUUGGAGAUUUGUAUAAACUCUUUCUUUUAAUCAAUCCAGAGGACGAUAAGCCUGUAGCGGUUGUGGUUCCACGAAUAACCCUGCAACCAGAUACAACUGCUGUCCCCGAAUGGUUUGCUGCUGGUGCUUUCGGACUUGUCACAAUAUUUACCCUUCUUCUUCGUAAUGUGCCUGCAUUGCAAGCAAACUUGUUGUCAGUUUUUGACAAUUUUGACUUGUUGGAGAAUGGCCUUCCUGGAGCGCUUGUAACUGCACUUAUUCUCGGUGUUCAUGAAAUUAGCCACACUUUAGUUGCACAAAAAGCUGGAAUUAAGCUGGGUGUGCCAUAUUUUGUUCCUAGCUGGCAGAUAGGCUCUUUUGGUGCUAUAACAAGGAUUUUGAAUAUAGUACCUAAGCGCGAAGAUCUUUUGAAGCUUGCCGCAGCUGGCCCUUUGGCUGGGUUCUCAUUGGGAUUUAUUCUUUUGCUUUUGGGAUUCUUCCUACCACCUGCUGAUGGCUUAGGUGUUGUAAUAGAUCCCUCUGUGUUUCAUGAAUCACUUCUGGCUGGGGGCAUAGCUAAGCUGCUUCUUGGAGAUGCUCUGAAGGAAGGCACUCCCAUAUCUGUAAAUCCACUUGUACUAUGGUCCUUGGCUGGACUUCUGAUCAACGCCAUUAACAGUAUUCCUGCAGGAGAGCUCGACGGUGGAAGAAUUUCUUUCUCCAUAUGGGGGAGAAAGGCUUCAGCUCGCCUCAGUUCUGCCGCCAUUGGGCUUCUUGGAAUAUCAGCAUUAUUCAGUGACGUGGCAUUUUAUUGGGUGGUCCUAAUAUUUGUGUUGCAGAGAGGGCCGAUUGCUCCACUGUCUGAAGAAAUCUCAGAUCCUGACAACAAAUACAUUGCUCUUGGAAUUGCCGUCUUGCUCCUCGGCCUUCUAGUAUGCUUGCCAUAUCCCUUCCCUUUCAGUAAUGAAGCUGUUAUGGUCUCAUCAGAUAUUAUUAUGUAAUAAUAUAUAAUACACACACUAACACAAUUUUUGCUUUUGGCCUCACUUCUGAGAUGCAUUGGUUAAACCAAUAAAAAGAAUUUAAGUCUGGAGGGAAAGAUCAUUAUAAGUGGAUAA